UGACUUCAUUAAUGACAACCGGCCGAUGGGCUGACGAGGAUCCCAUAUCACCCAGCAAUAGGGAGGUACCACCCGCUACCGAGACGGACAUUGAUCCCGAGACUGGCCUUAAGACGAUAACCGAGUACCAGGAGAGAGAUGGGGCCGUGUAUAAGAUCACUAGAGUCGUUAAGGUCACCACAGUUCGAGUUACGUGCAGCAAGGCUGAGGCCGAAAGACGACGACGUUGGACUCCCUUCGGAAAGGCGGUAGAGACGAGCAAAAAUAGCACCUUUGCGAACCGUACCGAAGAUGAGAUAAACCUAGAGCCUAGCAAACUCACUGGUGCUAGCGCUGCCGCGGAGGACGAGACCGGCGCUGAUCAGGAGAAGUUCUGGGCCGCGAGUGUGGACCAGGUCCUCGGUCUCAACAAGAAGAAGGCUAGCGUAUGGACUAAGUUCCGUGGUGAAACUGAAGGAGAGGCCGAUGGAGAGGCUGAGAAGGAGGCUAUUCCGCUUCGCACCCACACGACUGGCCGCUAUGUUCCACCCAACCAGCGUGGUCUCGGCGGUGGUGCUAGGCCUUUCGAUCAACAGAAGGAUAGGGAUGAGCAUACCUUACGUGUGUCAAACCUUUCUGAGGAUGUCGGUGAUGGUGACCUCCAGCAGCUCUUCUCCACCGCUGGUCGUGUCCAGAGGAUCUAUCUUGCUCGCAACCCCGAGACUGGCCUUUCCAAGGGCUUCGCCUUCGUCACGUACUACAACAAGAAGGAUGCUGAAAAGGCCCUUGAGAAACUCAACGGACAUGGUUACGAUAACCUCAUUCUCAAGCUCGACUGGGCCAAGCCUGCUCAGCCCAGAGGGGACCGCCCGCCUCGUCAUUAAGCAGCACGUCUGCUGCGACUUGUUGGUACCGGAUGUCGGUUCUUGUUUCGAAGGUACUAUGUCGUUAACAUUACGAGCUAAUACGCG